AUGUCCCAAUGGUUGCCAGCAGGUCAUUUCCCUCCUUCACAACAACCUUCGUUUCCAAAUUUUCCAGGACCACCAUCGGUUCCUCCAAAUCAAUAUAUACCACCACCAACAUAUCAAAGACCUUCAAUUCCUCCACAAUCACAACCUCCAAUUGAUGAUUUAUCUUUGGCAUUCGAUAAUCUUGCAAUGACUUUAAGAGCCACAGCUGGUCCACAAGAAUUGGAUGAUUUUCAAUUUGAGCGUAGACAAGAAUUUUGGGUUAAAGAUGCACUUUAUCUACAUUUGCUCCCUUUACUAAGAGCUGCAUUCCAUUUCAUGGAAGCAAAUGAAAAACAACAAGAAAAAGUUCUUAAAAUAAUUUCUAUCUGGAGUGAUAAACAAUUUUUUGAUGAGUUUAAAAUUAAUUCAUUACAAGCUGGUGUAAUGGUCCCCCCUCCUCCACCGGGAGGACCUCCUCCUUCGCCAUUUAGUAGUGGUUUUGGACAUACACACUAUCAAAAUCAACAAGGUGUUCCACCUUAUUAUAAUCAAGGACCACCUCCACCACCAGCUCCAUUAAGUAUACCUAAUCAAUUUUCACCGCCUCCUGGUAUUCCAAUGCAAGGGCUUGUUCCAAGGCCUAACACCCCUAACAUUUCCAAUGUAUCACAACCAAUACUUACAGUGCCAGAAAAAAAAUAUCAUGAAUUACCAGCUGGACUAAUAGUUCCUGUUGUUUCGCCUGAGAAUCCUCCAUAUACACCUAUACAUGCUGCCUCCAUCAGACUUCCACCACACCGUCUUCCACCAACUCAAGAAUUAUUGGAUGCAGUAGAUAAAUUUUAUGAUGGAAUGAAUAUAAUUGAGUCAACUGGUGAUAGUGAGGAUGAGGGCCUAGUGCCAGGGAUUAAUACAAUACCAGAGAAGAGCAAGAUUCAAUUAGAUAAGGAUGGAUGGGAAUUUGGAUUCUUGGAUGAUUAUUAUAAAGAACUUGAAAUUCGCAGAUCUGCUAAUACAUCAAGAACUACCUCUGGAAGGUAUUAUACUCGAUCUUCAUAUAAUAGACGUCUGGAUGACAGAGGAGGAAGGUGGUCAAGAGAUAAUAAUCAUAACAGAAGUUAUUCUUCAAGGUCACGCUCAUUAUCAAUAUCAAGAUCUCAAUCAAGAAGACAUAAAAGAAGAUACAAUUAUUCAGAUUCUUCUAGAAGUAGAUCAAGAGGUCGUCGUAGAUAUCGAAGAAGGAAUAGUAGAAGUCGUAGUAUAACACGAUCUAGAUCCAAUUCCAGACGUAGAUAUAAGAGUAAUAGUCGAUCUAGACACAUCCAAGUAGAAGUAGAAGUAGAAGUUAUAGUCAUGAUAGACACAAGUCUAGUGAUUGGUUUGGGUUAUGUUAAAGAACGUGACGAAGGAGCUAGAACAGAUAAAAUGAUAUCUGAUCAUAAUGUUGGAUUCCAAAUUUUGAAGAAAUUAGGCAAGUUAAUUUAUUUAUUUGUAUUCUUUAAAGAAAGAUUAAUAAUCAAACAAUUAAAUAUCAAAAUAGGAUGGGAAGGUGCAGGAACAGGAUUAGGUUCAUCAAUGGCUGGUAUUGCAGAACCAAUAAAAGGCGGAGAAUUAAGAACUGGGGAACAAAAAUAUUUAGGUGUUGGGCAUGGCCAUGAUGAAGAAGGUGAUAUCUUUGAUCAAUAUCGUAAACAAAAAAGUUACACUUAUCAAAGAAGUGAUGGUAAUUCAAAAGAUAAAAAGCCAGCUGGAUGCUUUAGAUCCUGGUCAUAUUGCAAGAGAAUGUCAAGAAAUUGGGACUUUGCUUCUUAUCAUUAG